CUUGGGGCAGCUUGUGGGCAGCUUCAUUGGCCGCAAGCCCACGCCGCGCCAGUAGAAGCUGCAGUGCGGGUCCCGGCUCGAGCCUGCACGCCAGUGAAAGAUAGGCAGCCGCCAGGUGCAUUGAGGCAGCCCCUUACAGGCAGCGAUGGGCUGCUGUCUAUCAUUGGGCAACGCCGCUCUGCUGUAUGACGCCUGCGAGAAGGGCAAGGUCGCCCUGGCGCGGGUGUUGCUGGACAAUGGCGCGGAGGUCGACCGGGCGUGCGAGGACGGUCGGACGCCGCUCUACAUCGCCUGCCAGCAGGGCCACGUCGACGUGGCGCGGCUAUUGUUGGAGCGCGGGGCCGUGGUCGACAGCAGCGCCCUCUGUGAAGGCGACACGGUAGAAGCAAAGUAUCGAGGCCGGAGAUAUUAUCCCGGAAAGAUCAGCCGGGACUGCGGCGAGGGAAAGUAUGACAUCGCUUACGACGACGGAGACAGGGAGAGGGGCGUCGAGGCGCGGCUCAUCCGCAAGCUAUUACUCUCACCGCUGUACAUCGCCUGCAAGAACGGCCACGUCGACGCUGUGCGGUUGUUGCUGGACAACGGCGCGGAGGUGGACCGGGCGGAUAAGGACGGCGCGACGCCGCUGUACAUCGCCUGCCAGCAGGGCCACGUCGACGUGGCGCGGCUAUUGUUGGAGCGCGGGACCGUUCUCGACGAACACGGCAGCAGCGCCCUCUACGAAGGCGCUGCGGUAGAGGUUAGGUAUCGAGGCCGCGAGAGAUACUACCCUGGAAAAAUCAGCCGCAACUGCGGCGAGGGAAAGUACGACAUCGCUUACGACGAUGGAGACAGGGAGAGGGGCGUCGAGGCGCGGCUCAUCCGCAAGCUAUCACUCUCACCGCUGUACAUCGCCUGCAAGAACGGCCACGUCGACGCUGCGCGGCUGUUGCUGGACAUCGGCGCGGAGGUCAAUUGGGCGAACAAGAACGGUCACACGCCGCUAUUCGUCGCAUGUGAGCACGGCCACAUUGACGCGGCGCGGCUCUUGCUGGAGAAAGGCGCAGAGAAAAAACGGGCGAGUAAGAACGGAGAGACGCCGCUGUGGAUCGCCUGCCAGAAAGGCCACUUCGCCGUCGCGACGCUGUUGCUGGACAACGGCGCGGCGGUCGACCGGGCGGACAAGAACGGUCAAACGCCGCUGUACGCCGCCUGCCGGGAGGGCCACGUCAACGCGGCGCGGCUGGUGCUGGAGAAAGGCGCGGAGGUCGAUCGGGCGAGGAAGAACGGCGAGACGCCGCUGUGGAUCGCCUGCCAGAAAGGCCACUUCGCCGUCGCGACGCUGUUGCUGGACAACGGCGCGGCGGUCGACCGGGCGAAUAAGAACGGCAGGACGCCACUGUCCAUCGCAAAGCAAAACUGCCACUCGUACAUCGUCGGGCUCCUCGAGGAACAUCUUUACCCGCUGCUUGCCGCCGCCAAGACCGGCGACGUCGACGCGAUGGCACGGCUCCUCGACGGCGGCGCCGAAAUCAACCAGGCGACGGAGAACGGCACGACGCCACUAUGGACCGCCUGCGAAAACGGCCACGUCGACGCGGCGCGGAUGUUACUGGACAAGGGCGCAGAGAUUGACCGGGCGAACGACGAAGGCUCGACGCCACUGGACAUUGCGAAGCGUCGGCAACAUCACGCACUCGUCGCGUUGCUCGAGCAUCACCUAGCACGCGCACGACCGCGCCUCCAACGGCAGCAGUCGGACGUCCAGUGCUCUAUCUGCCUCGAGCCGUACAGCGACCGCGCGUGGACGAAAUGCAACCACAGUUUCUGCCGCGAGUGCAUCACGCGAGUGUGUCGGACGAACCCGCCGGCGAAUCGAGCCCCGUGUCCGUUUUGCAGGCAGCCCGUGCUCUUGCGCGAGAUCAAGAGACGACCAUACGAAUACUAG